CAUUUACCUGAUUCUGUAUUGCAGUGAACGUGUACGUUAAGGUGUUCACAAACAGCCCGUUUCUGGUCUGUAUGGAUUUGGCCCUUUCUCAAGAAAAAAUAAUAGAUCCCAAGUAUUUGUGGACUGGUCCAGAUGGAAAAGAUUUAGAAGGGCAAAGGUACAUAAAUGUGACAGAGACAGGGAAGCUGGUGGUGAUGGGAUUCAGGGAGUCGAUGUCCGGCGCCUACACUUGCACUCUGUCCCACAAAAUCAUCGAAACCACAACACAAGAAGAAACAGAAAUUGUUGAGGCCUAUAAAUUCAUGGUUUAUGCCUACAGGGAAGCAGACCAUGCCUACCAGGUGUUUGUUCGCUUCACCACCAUGCACUGCAAGCUGAGAACCAACGGCUUGUUCUUCGAGACGCUGAAGGAGAUCCUGAACAGCACCAUCGCCCACCUGACGUGUCGCAUCACAAAGUCGUCCUACAAGUGCCACUCCAUCAGGACACCAAAGCACGGCCUCCAGCACGAGCUCUUUGUUAGUUUUCAAGUUGAUCCGUUUGCACCAGGAUGGGAAGAAGUUUGCCACAAGAUUCCUUACGACUGUGAAGAUGUGACAAACCUGAGAGCCCAGCAGGCAACGGAGCGGAUUGGGAAGUUUUUCCAGCAGCUGAGGUACAUUCUGGAGCACGAGGCUGAGGUUGUCCCUACGAUCCAGUACGUGGAGAACAGCUUCUCCGUGACUCCCAUCGACAGCUGCCGGCCAGGUUUUGGGAAGAACCAUCACACCCACCAGAACUGCGCCAGCUGCUGCGUGGUUUGUGGUCCUGGAACUUACAGCCCCAACAACGAGGUGACAUGUUGGACCUGUGCGAGGCCUCGGGUCAGGAUGUACGGAGCGAAAUCCUGCUAAUUAACGGGCAAGCUGGAAAACCAACGAGCAGCUCUGGGACACCGGAGUGGAAAGGGAAAUAGAGUCCCUGAGACAGGAGAGAGGGUGAGUAACAAGUUAUGAGGAGAUUAUGGCUAUGGUUCUCUGCCUGUCCACUGCUCCCCAGAAAGAAGAGGGAACAUCCCAGAUGGAAGCAGAGUCUGCAGAGCCUCUUCCACCUCCUCCUGCUGCAGCAAACCCUCGGCAGGGCCCAGCUGGCCCCAGGUGCUGCAGGAGCAGAUGAUCCUCUCACGCCAGCUGUGAAUUCCUGAUGAGUUCACCGGAUGACACGAAUUGCCAAAGCACUGAGCUAAUGGGAACGUUUUCUUCCCAGCAAAGCCUCCCCCUGAUCCGCUGUGGAAGGUCGGCGGCUGGACCUGCAGCGAUCCAUCACCCUGCGAGGAACGGUGACCUGACCAACAUCAGGAGCUUCACAAGUAACUCCAGCUGCUCCCCAGCCUGGGCCUUGGAGCUCACGGACUGUCUGAGCCUCCCAUGGUGGAGCUCCCAGAACAUGGGCUUUUAGAGCUCUUUUUUUUUAGCUGUUCCCUGUGGAAGUUUCUACCUUCCUGACUCUGUCGAGGGACACCAAAGAACUCUCACCCUCCACACACAGAGCCAUGGAAAUCCAUGCCCAGCUUCCUAGUACAGAGCCAUUCCUUGGUUUUUUUUCCCCUCCCCCACAAAGCAGGACGAAGUCAAGCAAAGGAAACACCUCCCACUCAACACCCCCAACUUCUUACAGCGUCUCGAAAACCCUUGGUGGGUAUUCAUCCAAAAACGGCCCCAACUCAACCCACUUUAACUUAUCCACUGUGACAGGGACACAGCAGGAGACAGCAUGGGCACAGACCCCGCUCCGAGCUUUUCAGAGUCAUUACUUAUUAAAUGCUGAGCAAUAAAGUGAGCUGUAACGAGCACUU